GCCAGCCCCUGGAAAAGCCGGAAGAACAUACUCGCGCGCGCUUCUGAAAGCCUGGGUAACCUGAAGCGUAGUAUCCGUGCCCGGAGGCUCUGGAGGAUGAAGAGGAAGUAGGGAGGGACCUUCCUCUCAGGAAAGCAGGAGGGGACCGAGGGAGAGGGACAAGGCCGUGGCGGCUGUGGGCGAAGCCCUAAGCGGCGUGGUCAUUGUGUAAACGGGAUAGUCAUUGUGUAAACGGGGUCUUUGCGGCCCCGGUGAUUUGGUUCUGAGCCGGCGGGGUCAUGACGGAGCAGAACCACCAAAAGGGAAAUGGUGGCCCGCUCCCUUCUGCUUGGUAGCAUGAGGCAUCGUACCCUAUCCUCGAGCCUGGCCCUCUGGGCCUCCAUCCCGUGUCCACGCUCUGAACUACGCCUGGACCUGGUUUUAGCUUCUGGACAAUCCUUCCGGUGGAAGGAGCAAAGCCCUGCACACUGGAGUGGCGUGCUGGGAGAUCAAGUAUGGACACUGACUCAAACUGAGGAACUGCUCUACUGCACUGUGUACCGAGGGGACAAGGGAUGGGUUGGCAGGCCCACACCUGAGGAGCUGGAGACAGUGCAGAAGUACUUCCAGCUAGAUGUCAGCCUGGCUCAACUGUACAACCAUUGGAGUUCUGUGGACUCCCACUUUCAAAAGGUGGCUCAGAAAUUCCAAGGUGUGCGACUGCUGCGACUGGACCCCAUUGAAUGCCUUUUCACCUUUAUCUGUUCUUCCAACAACAACAUUGCCCGCAUCACUGGCAUGGUGGAACGGCUGUGCCAGGCUUUUGGACCUCGGCUCAUCCAGCUUGAUGAUGUCACCUACCAUGGUUUCCCCAACCUGCAGGCUCUGGCUGGUUCGGAGGUGGAGCCUUGCCUCAGGAAGUUGGGCCUGGGGUACCGUGCCCACUAUGUGAGUGCCAGUGCCCGAGCCAUCCUGGAAGAACAUGGUGGGCUGGUCUGGCUGCAACAGCUUCGAGAGGUCCCCUAUGAGGAGGCACACAAGGCCCUCUGCACCUUGCCUGGGGUGGGCACUAAGGUGGCCGACUGCAUCUGCCUCAUGGCCCUAGACAAACCCCAGGCUGUGCCCGUGGACGUCCAUGUGUGGCAGAUUGCCCAACGUGACUACAGCUGGCACCCCACCACGUCUCAGGCCAGGGGCCCCAGCCCUCAGGCUAACAAGGAACUGGGAAACUUUUUCCGGAGCCUGUGGGGACCUUAUGCUGGCUGGGCCCAAGCAGUCCUUCAGGCCAUCACCACCUUUAUGACCCUUCCUGGACCUCAUAGGCUGCAUCAAAUGCCUUCUGAAGAAGUAUACUAUUUUCCCUCUAGACCUGGAGGUCAGGGACCCUCUCAGAUUGAAUAGAUUUCGGGAAGUAUUUAUUGAAUGAAUGAGUGAGGUCUUUCAGAAAGCAGCCCUGAAUGGUUCCUGCAUGUCUGACUUGGCAUUGUGCAAAACUGAGCCUGGAUGAGGGUGGGAAGGAGUCCUGGGGAAGCUGGGACCUAGGACUAGGGCCAUGGGCUCACCUUCCAUUUGCUCUUAGCAAAGUUCUUCUUGAUCUGCUCGCUCACUGACUGGUGAAUAUUCUUAUCUAGAGCCGUAUCUCCUGCAAUCCUAGAAUGGGGAUAUGUGGAGGGUUGCAUGUGAGGGUAGAAGCAGGCCUGGGGACCUAGGCCUUACCCCUGCCCACAGCCUGUGGGGACUCUCACCAUGGGUGCUGCAAAGCCUGCUCACAGGUGAACCUCUUCUCUGGAUCCUUCUCCAUCAAGUGCCGGAUGAAAUCUUUGGCUGAAUCCCCAAGACAAAAGCAAAGACACACAGUAUGGCAGUGCCCAUGGCCACCCCUGGAACAGUACUCCCUGACGUCUGAUCUGGCCACAAGCAAGACAGGGGCCAGAUCUAUCCAUGCACCACCCCACCUCACUACAGCCUCCCAGCUGUCUCCAUUCUCUCUUAAAAACAUGUUCUUAGAGAAGACUCCCUUCAGUGUAUUCACAUCACACUAUGUGUGAACAACUGGAGAUGCCUUCACUGACUUGCUUCUUAGUGGGGGGCACAAAAGGAGGGAUGAAAAUGUUUAUGGUGGUAUCUUAGGCAUUAGGAAGUCAGUAGGGGAAAUAUUUUCAAAAAUACUAUGUUUGAAGACUGAAUCGAUGAAUGCCUACAAGUUUCUCAGACUGGGAGCCAAGCAGAGGGAAACCCCUGAGGUGGGAGUUCUGACCUAAGACAACUUAGUCUGGGACUGUGAAACCUGACUAGGGAGACCCCCAGAGCAGAUGAGGAAGGCUCCAGAGGCAGGGCCCAGGGGAAGAAGGCAAAAUCCAAAAUACCAGAAUCAGAGAUGUCGUCCCAGUAAGGAGAGUCAAACUCGUACUCGGCCUUCAAAAUCUGUUCAAAGAGUUUGGCAUCAUUCUCGUCAUAGAAUGGGGGAUAGCCGCAGAGCCUGGGCAGGGAGAAACUCACCCUGAUUUCCACUCUCAGUGUACCCAGUGGCUCUGGGACAGCUUUGGGGCAAUCCCAGGCAUUAGGCAGGACUCGGGAAAGAGUUCCCUCUUUGUAAAAUCUGCCCCUCCCUGCCUUGCUUACUCCUGUCUAGCUACACUGGCCUGUUCCGUUCCUUGACCAUGCUGCCAUUUUACCAUCGUUGGGGCCUUUGCACCUGCCAUUCCCUCUGCCUAAACCCUCCCCAACACCUCAAGUGAGUGUCUGCCUCCCUCAUUUCAUUCAAGAGUUCACUCAGAUGUUACCUCCACAGAAAGCACCCCUCCCUAACCUUAUCUGAAAUGCAGCAAUCCCCAUUUCCCUACUCCUGUUGGAUUUUUUUUCUCAGCAUUUUUUUUUUUUUUUGCCAUGUAAUAUUGUACAGAUUUAUUUAUUUGUUGAUUUUCUGUCUCCCCUACUACAAUAUCACUCCCUGAGGGCCAGCACUUGGUCUGGUUUGUACUCUGCUAAGUCCUCAUGCUUGGCACAGUUCCUGAAACAUAGUAUGUAUUGAAGUGAUAUUAGUAAUUAAUAGGUAGAUUAACUAUGGAUGGAGGGAAGUAGGGAAUAACAGUGGAAGAGGAAAGCAGGGGAGAAGUCAACUCUGGAGCUACACCUUACUGUGGCCACACCUCCACUUACAGGAUGUAGGCAAUGACCCCAAUGGACCAGCAGUCCACAGCCUUGCUGUAGGGCUUCUGGGCCAGGACCUCAGGGGCUGUGGAGGAAAUGGGACAUAAGUGACAAAUUUCUUCCCUGUAGCUUCUGGUUCCUCCCAUGCCCACAGCCCCAGCACAGGGCCCUCCGCACCCACGUAUCCUGGGGUUCCACAGGCUGUGGAGAGCACACUGCCUGGGUCUUCCAUCUUGGAGAGGCCAAAGUCGGAGAUCAUGAUCUUGGAAUCCUCAUCCAGGCUGUAGUACAGCAGAUUCUCUGGCUUGAAGGGCAGGCAGGAGGGAAAGGAGCAGUCAGGUGACCAGAGGCUGGCAGAACCUUCCCAAGCACCCCUUGAGAAACAGUGGACACCCUGACCCACCACAAAAACUACUGUGGCUGCCAUCUUGGCUGGAAGCAUAAUGAACUCAAGGAAAUGCUCUGGCCCAAAGUUCCAGAAGAGCCAGGCACAAUGGUGCAUGCCUGUAAUUCCAGUGGCUUGGGAGGCUGAGGCAGGAGGAUUGUGAGUUAAAAGCCAGCCUCAGCAACUAAGCAACUCAGUGAGACCCUGUCUCUAAAUAAACAAAAUAGGGCUGGGGAUGUGGCUCAAUGGUUGAGUGCCUGAGUUCAAUCCCUGGUACAAAAAAAAAAAAAAGUUCCAGAAAGGACAAGGGCCCAGGGGAUGUGGGAAGGAGUUUUACAUAAACCUCAGGUGUGUAUUGCAAAAUCCUGAAGAAAUUCUGGCAGUUACUGUAUGCCGGACCCUAGCUGAGUGCUUGGUGGCUUUCCACAUUCCCACCUUCCC